AUGGCUGAAGCAAACCCUUUGUCACCUGCUAAUGCAAACCUCAGAAGUGACCAUGAAGCAGCCGCUCUGCAAUCCCAGGCCGAGCUCAAACGCAAGAAGAGAAUCAAAGUGGGCAUAUACGUCACUGUCUUUGUUGUUGUGCAGAUCAUAGUCGGCACGAUUAUCGCACUCACCGUGAUGCGAGUGAAGACACCAAGGUUGAGGUUGGGUGAGAUCAAAGUCCAAAACAUAACCGCCGUCCCUGCAACACCAUCAUUCGAAGUAAACUUCACCACCCAAAUCAGAGUCAAGAACACAAACUGGGGACCUUACAAGUUUGAUGCAAGUAAUGUCACGUUUGAGUACGAGGGUGAGACUUUGGCACAACUUGGUAUUCCUAAAGGAAAGGCUGGAAUGCUCUCCACCAAGAAAUAUGAUGUAUCAGUGAGUCUGAAUUCCAAGGGGUUGAAAAACUCCAACCUCGGAAGUGAUCUGAACACCGGAGUUCUGUCACUGACGAGCACGGCCAGGCUGACAGGAAAGGUGGAGUUGAUGAUGGUGAUGAAGAAGAAGAAGGCUAUAGGCAUGUACUGCAGGCUCGAAUUUAAUUUAUCAACAAAGCAGAUUCAGUUUAUGAAAUGCGACUGGAUAUAA